AGGUGUGAUAUAAGAAGGAUGUGAGACAAAAUGGACUCAAAGAAAUAGAAACAACUUCUGCAGUGUUUAGAUAAAAUGCAAAUGUUCAACUCUGAAGAAAAUCCAUGGCAUAUAAACAACUAAAAUUUACCUUCAGCCAUAUGUAUUUAUUACUUAUGUCUUUUUCCUGUUAAUUUUAGACAAGCAGUGAGGUUAAUGGUAGUCAGCCAAGACACCAGCUUACAGGAGGUAGCUGACAUUUAAAAGCAAGUUAUUGGGGUUUUUGUUAUGUGCAUUGUGGACAGGCGUGAACAAACUUUUUUUUUUCCCCCAGCUAAUAUGUAAGCAAUUCAUAUUUCAGCCUUAUGUCCUGGCGAUUGACCAUGUGAAGCUGUUAAAGGUUUAAAUGGUUACAAUCCCACCCAUUAUUAAAAGUGUGCAAAAGAAUAGGCAACGUGUCAUGUCUAGACAAUAAAGCUUCUGUGGAGUUAAAAUAAAAGUUGGCUGAUUAUAAGGUCAAAAGUUUAUAAUAAUAUGGAUUCUACUGUUAAAAAAUUAAUCAACACAUUUUUUCUGACAAGCCGCAAUCCAGAACUUAAAAGCAUUGUGGUGUGAUCAGUAAUGAACCCGUGUUAGCCUUUACUUUAUAUGUGAUAUUUAAAAGCAAACAAACAAACAGCAAAAAACAUUAAAAUAAUUCCUAUGGAAAAAAGGAAAUAAACCACAAUGGAAUAAUGACUUGUAGGAAGGUGGGUUUUUUUUUAAAAUGGGCAUGAACACAUGCGGGCGCGCACACACACACAGACACACACACUUCCUGUGUGAAAGGUAUCAUUGCAACACACAGCUACAGUGUUGAAACUUCUGUAGGAGUAAAUAUCACUUAACAUGAGCAAUGGAUCUUCACCCUUUCUGAAGAUGUUUUGAGAACAACUGAUUUUAAUUUUUACUUUCAGUGUGUGUUAUUUUUGGGAGUUCAGUAACCAAAGAGGAUUGUAUUAGGAGUUUCUGUGGAGGUUAAUAAGGUGACUGAACCAGGGUGAUGCAGCACACGGACCUGCUCUUCUACCACGGUUCCAUCAGCAGACAGCGGUGUGAGGAGAUCAUGGCUGCCAAGGGAAAAAACGGCUCAUAUCUCAUCCGAGAGAGCGAGACCAUCCAUGGAGCUCUGUGCCUCUGUGUUUACAAAAAAAAAAUAGUGUACACAUACAGGAUCCUACAGACUCACACGGGAUAUUACACUUUACAGACCAGUACAGGCGUGCAACAGAGGUUUUUUAAAACGCUGGAAGAGCUUGUUCAUCACUAUCAGAUGAGAAAUCAGGGCUUAGUGACUCACCUGCGUCGUGCUGUGAAGAGGAAACCAAUCGAUCAGGAAAAUACAGUCCCUGAUGAGGAACCGGAUUAUGAGAACGUGUCCUCAUCUGAUUAUGUUGAUGUGUUGCCAGAAUGAUUCCACCGAACUGGAAUUUUUCUAUUGUGUUUUUUUUUGCAACAACAACCUUCAACUUUUAGAAAACAGGAACAGACUGUGAGUCGAAAAUGAACUGUGGGUCGUGAGACAAACUUCAACUCUCAAGUGUCAUGAUGGUUUUUUUGUUCCUUCUGUUUAUAUAUAUUAGGGUGGUCCUUAUUUUGUGAUAUAUUUAAUUAUCCAUUCUCACCCCAUCAGUAUGUUCCAAUAAAUUAAAUAAAAUUUUAUGUAAAAUUUUAAGGGAAUAUAUAAACAUUUAGAGGUUGCUUAGUCACCUUGAAAUUUAAAAUGAUAGAUUCAUAGUCAGUCAUUUGCAAUAUAUUCUUUUAAUGACAGUAUUGACACUGUUUUGACUGAAAUUUAAAAAAAAAAAUUAAAUGACAACCACUGUCUGUCUGUCAGUGAAAUAGAUCAAUACUAAAGCAUGAGAAAAGAUCUGAUCUCAGGUGCACAGACAGUACUGUUAGAUGCUUGGCGAUUGCGACUAGAAGUAAAUCUUCAGUGUGGUUACUCGGCAGUGUGGAAAGUGAAAUAACCAGAAACAAACUGCUUUCAAAGAAGAAAAUUGUGUGUUCUUCCACCAUCAUAAGACCUUAAAGAAGACCAUCCAGGCAAGUGCAACAGCUAACACUGAACGAGUUUCUUUAAGGCCGAACCAGAAACGUGGGACAGCCGGGAAGACUACAAAGCAGCAUUUGCAACUGUGCAAAAUCUGAAGGUUGUUAAUGACACAGCAGAACACAGCUGGCUCUGAUCGAAGAAUACAAUGCAUUGAUUACCACCAAUGAAGAGCAGAAACAGUAUUUGCUUCAAGUUGUCCAAGACCACCGAGAAAAAUUCCCCAAUGUGAAUAAAGUGACACUGAUGCAGUGACUGAAAAUCCUAGAAAACCUGGACUUUUUUUUUUAUGUUGCCUUGCCACUCCAGAAAACUCAAUGACUUGUACAUUAUUCAGAAUGUUUUGCUGUGUACUAUAAAGUUUUUUUUUUCAAGUAUAAUAAAUAAACAUUAUUACUUAUGACAAACAUUUAUUCUUUACACCCACAUUGCAAACAGGAUGAUGUAUUGAUAAUUUGACAUGCUGUUGUUAGAGGCUUGAGCAACCUCUAAUAAUUAUUCGAAAUGUUCCAAAUUUAGGCAAAUUAGUUUUCUUUCAUAACCAAACAAAUCUGAAGGUUAAGAGUUUCAGAAUUAAUAAUAUGAAAAUUUACUCCAUAUAAGGUCCACCCUAUCUAUCUAUCUAUCUAUCUAUCUAUCUAUCUAUCUAUCUAUCUAUCUAUCUAUCUAUCUAUCUAUA